AUGAUAUUCACACACUUCUUUGCCAUCAUCAGUUUGGUUACUGCAUCGGUCGCUCUGCCGGCAGCCGUUCCAGGGAUCAUAACCGUUCCGCUUGAUCGCGUCGACUCGACAAGUGAUCUCAAAAAUGCCGGCUCUUUCGCAGCUCGGGCUGCCAACCGAUAUAUCUCUAGGUCUGUCGAAACACGGUCGACUUUACCUUCCAAAUUGAUGCCGCGUCAAGUUGCUUCCAAGGAGGAGGGUUUCGCCAGCAUUUUCCGUAGACAGAAAGGUGACGACGGAAUAAAUACUGCAAAGAAUGUAAACAUCACCGUACUACAAGGCGGCGCCCUUCGGAUGAGAAUUGAUGUUGGAACUCCUCCACGGCCCUAUGGUGUCGCCCUUGAUUCGUCAUCGGCAGAUCUAUGGCUAGCAUCGCCAGAUUGCAAAACAUGCGUUGGAUAUGAGCCCUACGUUGCUUCCAAGAGCAGCACAGGCAAGGUAUCUGACAAAAAGUUUGUCGUUGCCUAUAACGAGGGCAGCCUCCGUGUCGAUGUGACGGGAGUCACCGACGACUUGAUCUUUGGUGGAUUUCCUAUCAAACAGCAGCCAUUUGCUCAGGCAGACAAGAUUCCAAAAGGGUUUCAAGACGUGCCUUUUGACGGUGUCCUUGGGUUGGCUUUCUCAGCACACUCCGAACAAAAAGCUCCACCAUUGCUUCAAAGCCUCGUCGAUCAAAAAGUGAUCAAAUCAGCAUCGUUUGCUCUCCAUAUCCCUGCUGGAAAGAAACAGGCGACAAUGACAAUAGGGGGUAUUGAUCCUACAAAGUUCUCUGGCGAGAUUGACUUUGUACCUGUCGACAAUGCUGCUGGACAAUGGGGCCUGAAUAUCGAUCAGAUUGUGGCACAGGGUAAAGCAGUAGAUGUUGGGACUAAGAAAGGCAUUCUGGACACGGGGACAUCGGUUUUGCUUGGUCCAAUGGAGGACGUGCGAAAAGUGUUUGCGGCGAUCCCUGGCUCUGCGGAAAUGGCGAACGGCACAUUUACCGUUCCCUGCAAUCAAGAUAAUUCUUUUGCGCUCAAAUUGGGAGGCAAGGACUAUGGUUUGAAUGGCGUAGACUUUCUCGAUGAGAUUUUCUCGGUAGCUGGGCCGAACAAUGCAAACUGCGUCGCUGCAUUGAGCGGAGAUCAAAAAAUCAAGUCAUGGGUUAUCGGAACGCCUUUCCUCCAGAAAUUUUACACCGUCUGGGAUCUGUCCGUUCCACGGUUUGGGCUAGCUAAAAAAGUCGAGUGAAGAAACGGGACGCAUGAGCGACACGCGAUAGCAACCAAAGAGCGUAUAGAUCACAGCUAUCAAGUCGCUCCAGAGGCCAGCAAUGGCUUGAUCACAUUACGGCAGACCGUUCCUCUAUCCAGGCUGCAUUCUCUACAUAUACAAUAUUUCAACGGAAAAAGACUGGUUCUUGGUGUUCUUUGGGAAAUAACAGUGGGGAGUUAUAGACGUUGGAGGUACCCAACAAUUGUUAGUUUUAGAUGUGUGUUAAAAAGUAUUCUGUUCAAAUUCUUGGGCAAAUAAAUGUGUUGAAUGGUG